UUUCGAGGCCUUCCAGGAGUGCAGAGAGAUUAAACGACAAAAGAUUUGCAAAUUCAUUGAUGUGUUGGUUUGGUCGGUAGAGUGGAUUAGUUUGGGUCGGUGCUUCCGAAGAUAAUUAGUUCACUUUACUUGGUGAAUCUGUAAUUCAUGAACGGCGAAAAUGGAUGUUGACAGCGAUAUAGAUCAAACGCUCCUGCAGCAAUUCAGCUGUAUGGGAACAACAGAUCGCGAUGAAUUAGUUAAACAGCUACAGUCGUUGAUAGGAAAUUUGAAUGAAACAGCAGCAGUUUUCUUUUUGGAAAUGAAUAAUUGGAAUCUCCAGGAAGCUGUUUGCUCGUACUUCGAUUUUGAGUCACCAUACAAGCUUCCAUCAAUGUCCCUAGUACGGGAUGUGACAGUUGGAGAAGGGGAAAGCAUACCACCGUUGACGAAGUUCACAAAAUCAUGGAGGGUUCAGAACACUGGUACUGAGAUGUGGCCAGAUGGAUGUUCACUUCGGUUCAGUGGUGGUGACAGGCUCUGUGCUCCAGAAAGGCUUGCAGUAGCACCAAUUGCACCAGGAUGUACACUUGAUAUAUCUCUUGAAAUGGUUAGUCCUGAACAAACAGGGAUGUAUGAGAGCAAGUGGCGAAUGGUUACACCAGCAGGUUGCUACUUUGGAGAUGUUAUAUGGGUUAUUGUCACUGUGGCGGAGGGAGGCACUAUGGCACUGACACAACAGUUGUCUCAUCUCAAUGACCUAGGUUCCCCACUGCGUCAGGUUAACCACUCUAGUCUGAAUCCAUUUGGUCCUUCUCCCACUCAGACAUUGUUCCAGGAUUCUGUUCAGCAGACCCAAGAUGGAGAUACUAACAUGAUGUGUUAACACUGUUGAGAGAAACUUGUAAAAAGACUGUUCAUUGUAAUUUGGACUUUGGUGUACAUAAGGAUAGUGAGUGAAGUUGGUACUUCUGUGAUUUAGUGUGCUGUAUAAGGACCAAUUGUACUUUUACUCCCUUAUUAUAGGUGCAGGAUAUGUGGUACUUAUCUCAGUUCACCCUGUUUCACUCCUCCUCUUAGUGAUUUAACAGUCUUUCUGAUACUUGUUUGUACAGGUGCUGAGCAUUUUCUAGAAAUUUUUUGAUCAGGAUAUGAAAAUUGUUUACAUAAAACAAUUUUUCUUAAUUUUUUGUGUUUUAAAGUGCAGAUCAGUUGAGAUAUUUUGCAUUACUCUUACAUAGUUAUUGGAGCUUCUGACAUAUGUUUCACAACCUAUGUCAUCUUUGUGAGACUUUUUUUUACUCUUAAUUUGCUUCAUAGUUUUCCUAUUUUGUAUUUAUAUUUUUCUUGUGACUCAUGCAGUCUACACAUCAUCUUUAAAGCACACUACUCAUCUUUGGACUGUUCCUACAGUCUUCAUUCAGAUUUUAAAUUAUGCAUUUCAUUUCAGUGUCAGUAUUGAUAUGAAAGAUAUUUGUAAAUGUCAUUUACUUCACAUUUUAAAGAGAACAAGUACUUGACUUUUGGCUUCCAAUUUCUGCUUUGUAUUUGUCUGCAGAAUAUUUCUCAACUUCGUUCAGCUCUGCACCGACUGAUCAAAUUGAGCAUUUACUAAGAGUAGCAUUGUCUUGCACAUGGAGUAGAUGUUUGCUUAAUUUCAUAAAUGAACUGCAGUGACAAUUUUCUCUGAUAAGAGAAAAGGCUGAAUCAGAUACCUUACCUUUGGAUACUUAAAGGCCUGCCAGCCUUGUAUUUUGUAGGUUGCAUGACAAAGUCAAAGUUGAAACUUAUUGUAGGGGUAUGUGUAGAUUUUUAACACAUUCUUGGACUAGCCUGUAAUAUGUGAUAAGUGUUGAGUUUUUAUUGCUAUGAUCUGAUGUUUAAAUCUCUCCCAGUUGUAAAAAUCCUGAAAGACAGUUAUUGUUACACAAGAAAAGAAAAACUCAGAACUUUAGCAUUGAAAAGUUAAUUUUGGAUGAGGAUGAGAUUUAUGCUGUAACAGAGGAAAUAAAGAAACUUGAUGCUGGAUGAAACAGAGGUAGCAUAUGUUUCAAACUGCUUGAUUACAUCUUUGACUCUUCAUGUCCACUUCUUGGAGUAAUGAUACAUAAUGUCUUAGAAGGUUUAAAAAUUUUAAUUUUUGCCAUUAUUGGUCUUUCAAAUUCAUCAGUGAGCACCUAACAUUUUUCUGAAUUGAUUAAUCCAUUGGACAGCAUUUAAAUGAAAUAAUAGUUAAUAAACUGUAGGUGCUGUAUUCUGUUUGAUGUAGUCUCUGUCAAAUCUGCAAACUGUGUUAUGAAUUGUAACUGCUAUUUGGACCUGUAUACAUGUUAAUUGUAGAAUGAGUGUCACAAUAGAAAAAGUCAAAUUUUUUGGCUGUUUGCAAUGGCACACAAAACAGCAAGUCCUGGUAUUUUGCCACAAAAACAAUACUAGUAAAGAUUUUAUGAUUUUGUUAUGUUGUGAGUGAAAUGGAUGCUAUAUCUUCAGGUGAGAAAAUGUAAAAUUUAAGAUGUAAGUAUGAGUGAUUUUUGAUAAACUACAUUUCUUCCUUUCUUAUUUGAUAAUUAGUACAAAUUGAAAUAUUUUGGGGAAAAAAACAUAAGCUUUCCAAUAUCAGUUAGUGAGUAGCUGUCCUGAAACAUAAAUGACUCCUUGCAGUAAAUAUUUCAAGUAUUUUACAGUAGUAUGGUGUUCAAUACUGUUCUUAAUAAGAAAAACGAUCUACAUUUACAUAUACUAAACAUGAUUAUAUUGUAUAAGUGUUGUGUAAGACUAUAGUCAACAUUCAAUAUAUCUUAUAUUUUCUGCUGUUAAUCUACUACAUAGUUGCAUGCGCAUCACAACUUGAAUAUGAAAACCAAUUUGUCAUCACACUUUUAUUGUUUCAUGAACUUUUGCUUUCACAUAUAUAUUCCUUUCAUUUCCCAUCCAAGAGAUGUCACUUGAUUUAUUGAUCCCAUUUAAGGAAAUCCACAUACUCAGUUUCAGUAAUCUGAAAAGGCAGUAAGUUUUAAGCAUCCAGUGGAGAUGGAAAGCAGUUAGUCAAAUGCUAAUAAGUACCUGUGGUUAUUCAUAUACAGUUCAAUACAUUCUAUGUAAUGUUUGUUAAAAUAAGUUGGAUUUGAUGUUAUGCAACAAGUAAUUCUUAUGGGUUCCUGAUUUUGUGUUGUUUUUAUCUUCAGUAGUAAUAAACUGAUCAGUGAGGCCAUUCAGUAGCUGUCUCAGUGGAUAGAUUUGUUUGAGUUUUAUGAAUAAUUUUUAAUAGCCUUAACUGGAACUGUACUGACUGUUGCUGUUAACUAAUCAGUGAGGUGUUUUUGUACAAUGUCAUGAAAGUUCUGUAUUUUUUUUUUUUUUUUUUUUUUUUUUUGUCAUUACGAACAUGAUUCAAAAUCUCUGAUUGUCCGUGUUUUUUGAGUACUGAUAUGUGUAUGAGUAAGAUGGUUUGUUUUCAGUGCAACAAUAAAGGGUUUUGAUUAUGUAA